GCCAAAAUGGAGCAUGAGGAUCACUGCCAGCAAGAUGCAGAACCAAAAUAUGAGUGCCUUCUUUUUGAUGUUGAUGAUACUCUUUACCCUUUUAGUUCUGGUAUAGCAGAACAAUGCUACAAGAAAAUAAAUGAAUAUAUGAUUGAAAAGCUUGGCAUUGAGGCUACCAAAUCUCUGGAAAUGUGUGUGCGACUCUAUAAGGACUAUGGAACAACAAUGGCUGGUCUGAGGGCUGUUGGCUAUGACUUUGAUUAUGAUGACUACCAUAGCUUUGUGCAUGGAGGAUUGCCUUAUGAGCUCUUAAAGCCUGACCCUGUUCUGAAGAAUCUUUUACAUAGCUUGCCUGUCCGGAAAGUUAUAUUCUCCAAUGCAAAUGAAGCUCAUGUGGCCAAGAUUCUAAGCAGAUUGGGUUUAGAGGACUGCUUUGAUGAUAUUAUUUGCUUUGAGACACUGAACCCUAUUCACAAUAAUAGUGUACAGGGCAUGGAUGGUGGACUCCCCAAGACCCCAAUUGUAUGCAAACCAUCUGAAGAAGCGUUUGAACGAGCUUUUGAAAUUGCUAAAAUUAACCCCCAUAAGACGCUGUUUUUUGAUGACUCCAUCCGUAACCUGGAGACUGCUAAACGCACUGGCCUCAGCACUGUCCGGGUUGGUGCCUCUCAUCGGACAGAUGGCGUGGAUUAUGCUUUUGAGAGUAUUCACAAUAUGAAGGAAGCACUACCAGAGAUAUGGGAAGCUGUUAAAAAGUCUGAUGUCUGCUAUUCAGAGAAGACUCCAAUUGGAGUCAGAGCUUAGUUAAAAACAAGCAUUGCAUGUACUGGGGUUUCUUCUUCCUUGUACUGCACUUUUAAACUGUAAAUUUCUUGUUGUGCAAAAGCUUUCUCAGACUUGUUAACCAAGUGGGAAUGCACAGCAUAUGAUGAUACUGUAUUAAUAUUUGCACUGUUAAAGAACACCCCUCAAUCCUGUGUUUCUGUUAAGUCACUAUUUUAUUAUACUCUCUAGUUCUUGAA